AGUCUUGCGGCUUCCGAAAUUGAAGUAACAAAGCCCCGAUCAAGACGAAUAACCCUCCAAUCUAGAACGAAGCAACUCCAAUGGCAAAACGCAAUACUUUGGAAGGCAGGAACCAGAACAAUGAUAGCCGGCUAAGCUUUCCAAAACGCAUACUUGCCAUAUUUGUAUUUCAAUUGCUGUUCUUCGGUAUAGCUCUGGUGAUGCUGAACCUGAGCCAUGGGAAAUAUGAUCUCACGCUGAGGUUCAACGAUAUACCAUGGUGGCAGCUAUUUUUGUGUUUCGGAUCCGCGAAUUUGUGUGCUGGGAUAGCUUGCGAUAGAGUCGGACUUGGUAAUCGAGUGUGAGGAUUCAGUGUGAGGGGACUUAGUCAGAGACAGCUUCUGAACAUGGCAUAUGUGAAAUUGAUUCAAUUCGCUAUUCCAUGACAGAUCUGGGCUCUACUUUCUG